UCUGGAUACCACAGUGGAUCUUUAUAUUCUUAAUCAUCUAACAAACCCACCCAAUGGAAAACCUUGUCAAUUUGUCAUGGAAGUCACAAAUAAAACACAUGCAGAUGUAAAGGGUGGGACACUCACUCAGUAUGAAGGCAAAUUGAGACUGAUGGAAAUUGCUCAAGUGCCAAAAGCAUAUGCUGAUGAGUAUAAAUCUGUAUCAAAAUUCAAAAUAUUUAAUACAAACAACCUAUGGAUCUCUCUUACAGCAGUUAAAAGACUGCAGGAGCAGAAUGCUAUUGACAUGGAAAUCAUUGUAAAUCCAAAGACUUUGGACGGAGGCCUGAAUGUCAUUCAGUUGGAAACUGCAGUAGGGGCUGCCAUUAAAAGCUUUGAGAACUCUCUAGGUAUUAAUGUUCCUAGGAGCCGUUUUCUGCCUGUCAAAACCACAUCAGAUCUCUUGCUUUUGACGUCAAACCUUUAUAGUCUUAAUGCAGGAUCUCUGACAAUGAGUGAAAAGCGGGAAUUUCCUACAGUGCCCUUGGUUAAAUUAGGCGGUCCUUUUACGAAGGUUCAGGAUUAUCUAAGGAGAUUUGAAAGCAUACCAGAUAUGCUUGAAUUGGAUCACCUCACAGUUUCAGGAGAUAUAACAUUUGACAAGAAUGUUUUAUUACAGGGAACGGUUAUCAUCAUCGCAAAUCAUGGUGACUGAAUUGACAUCCCACCUGGAGCAGUAUUAGAGAACAAGAUUGUAUCUGGGAACCUUCAUACCUUGGACCACUGAAUGAAAAAUAUUGUGCAC